UUUCUAUUAUAUUCAAAUUCCAACAAGUUUCAACAAUAUUAUUACUCAUAAUAAUUCAAUAUUGUUCAUAAAAUUUAUAAAAACAAUAUGCCAAUUUAUUCUUCUGAUUCUGAUGAUCCACACCCUUCACAUUCAGCACCCACUAGAAGAUUUUUGGCUCAUAAUAAUAGGCCAAUGCAUGCAAUUCUUGGAGGUGGAAAAGUUGCUGAUAUAUUGUUAUGGAGAGACAAGACAAUAACAGGAUCAAUUUUAAUUGGAUUCACACUAAUUUGGUCCCUUUUUGAAGUUAUGGAGUAUAAUAUUGUGACUCUUUUGUGUCAUAUUUCCAUGAGCAUCAUGUUAAUUCUCUUCAUUUGGUCUAUGGGAGCUGGAUUUGUUGAUUGGAGCCCUCCCGAUUUACGAGCGUUUAUGAUAUCUGAUUCAACAUUUAGAUGGUUAUGUAGGAAGUUCAACUCUGUGUUGGUGAAAUUCUAUGAAAUUUCAUCUGGAAAAGAUUUCAGAAAUUUUUUCUUGGCAAUCACUUUCCUAUGGGUAUUAUCAGUUAUUGGAAGUUACUUCAGCUCUCUGAAUUUAUUAUACCUAGGAUUUGUUUGCCUAGCAACAUUACCAGCUUUAUAUGAAAGGUAUCAUAAUGAGGUGGAUUAUAUAGUAAGCCAAGGUAACCAAGAUAUGAAGAAACUAUAUAAUAAAUUUGAUAAUGAAGUGCUCAAUAAGAUUCCAAGAGGACCUGUCAAGCAAAAGAAAAAGUUUUGAAUCAUUUCUCAAAAUUGGAAAGAAAAAAAAAAGUUCAAGAAAAUUGGCUGUGGAUUAUGUAUGAAUUAAAAUUUAAAUUAUGAAAAAAUGUAAUUGUAAUUUAUGUAAAUUGUUUAAUGGUGAAAGAAUUGUGUAUUUGUUGAUGUAACUACCUAUAUUUUCAGUAUAUUAUUAUAUGAAAGUAAUAGGAAAUUGUCAUUAUUACA